AUGGCAGUCUCUCUACCCACAGCAUUUGCUCAGAUUCCUCGGUAUCCCUUGCUAUACCCUCAUCCCUCCCCGAUCCACCCCCUCACUCUUCUAUCCGCAUACCUCAACAACAACAACGACACAACCAAAGCACCCUAUAUCUCCCUCUACGCCAAACGAGAAGACCACUCCUCUCCGUUUGCCUGCGCAGGGAACAAAUACCGCAAGCUCGAAUACAUCGUCCCCGACAUCCUCGCCCCUCACAGCCGUCCCAAUGGAACCCCACCAACCCUCGUCACCGAGGGCGCGGUCCAGAGCAACCACACCGUGCAGGUCGCCGCGGUGGCGAACCGACUCGGCCUCGAGGCAGUUAUCGUCCUGCACAAAGGCACAGGUGGCGGCUUAGCCGCCGCAACGGACAAAGCUUCGUUCCUCCGCUCGGGAAACGCGCAACUUGUCCGCCUCCUCGGGGCGGAGGUGAGGAUACUUGAGUCGUCGACUGUGCCGGCGGACGGGGAAGAAGACCCAAUCCCUGGGAUUCUGGAGGAAUUACGCGGGGAGAGUAAGGCGCCGUAUUGGAUCCCCUCCGGGGCGAGUCUGCAUCCUCUCGGUGGAUUAGGUUAUGCGCGGUGUGCGUUUGAGAUUGCGAUGCAAGAACAGGCACAGGAGUUGAAUGGGAGCGGGCGUUUUGAUUACAUCUUCGUCGCUUGCGGUAGUGGCAGUACAGUGGGUGGUUUGAUCGCCGGCCUUAAGCUGUUGGAGAAGGUGGAAGGCAGAAGCGGGUCGACUAAACCACCUCGGAAAGUCAUCGGGAUCUUGACUUCGCCUACGAAGCCUCGGAAGUACCAUGAGGGUCGGGUACUCGCCUUUGCCCGUCGAGCAGCUGGUCUUAUUGGGUUGGAUCCUGGAAAUGACAUUUCCAUGGAGGAUGUUCGGCUUGAUGAUCGGUUCGUUGGCACCGCAUAUGGAGUUCUAGACCCACAGACAAGCACGGCGCUGGACUUGAUGGCACAAAGGGAAGCAAUAAUACUCGAUCCCGUAUACACUGCAAAGGUCAUACGGGGACUUGCACACUGGGUCCAGCAAGGGGACCUCGUAAAGGACUGGUCUCUCCAUACGCGGAACUGGGACCGCCCUGACUCCAUGAAUUUGCUUUUCAUCCACACUGGAGGACAGGCCGCCUUAGGCGCCUAUGCAGACCUGGUCGAAUCAUAG